AUGGAGCCCGGGAAGAGAAGAACCAAAGAUGAUACUUGGAAAGCAGAUGACCUCCGAAAACACCUUUGGGCGGCUCAGUCCUCUGGUCCCAAGGAGGAGAAGAAGCAUAGAGACCGGAAACCGCUGCAGGACUCGGAAUCGGACCUGGCAGACGGCAAAGAACACCGACCCGGGGACCCCAACCGCGAGGCCAAGCACCGAGAGCGGGCCGCCGAGCGGGACGGCCACAGCGCCCGGGAGCACCCGCGCGGGGACAGGCAGCGGGAGCGGCGGAAGGACAGGGACCGGCCUAAGGAGAGGCACCGGGAGCUGGACGCGGAGAAGCCGCACGGCCGGGGGAAGGAGCGCGAGAGGGACCAGGAGCACCGGGCGCGCCGCGAGGAGCUGAGGCAGGCGGCCGCGCACCGCAACCUGCUGGCCCGGGACCGCGACCAGGACCGGGACGGGGACAGGCCGGAGCGCCGGCGGGCAGGAAGUAAAGCAAGAAUUGAAGAGAGGGAGCAGAGAGAUGAAGACUCUGAGCGAGGAGAUGAGGAUCGGGAGAGAAGGUACCGAGAGAGAAAGCUGCAGUAUGGCGACAGCAAGGACAACCCCCUCAAGUACUGGCUGUACAGAGAGGCGGGCGAGAGGCGACCCAGGGAGCAGAAGGAGCCAGACCGGGAGAGGAAGCACCGGGAAAAGAGCGGCACGCGGGAGCGGAGAGAGAAGAGUUCCAAGGAGAAAGGCGGUUCGUCCUGCGCCAAGGAAGGGGAGGAGAGGCACAGAGAGAGGCGCCAUAAAGAGGGCGUCCACGCGGGCGAGGAGAGGCCGCGAGGCCACGCCGCGAGGAAGGAGCACAGGAGGAGGGAGGCGAAGGAUGGGGAGCACAGACACCGUGGUACGAGCCUGAGGAGAGACAGCCCGGGCAGCCAGCAUGUGGAGAACUCAGUGAGGAGUGACGGGAAGGAUAGAGACUCAAGAAGGAAGCACGGCCGCGAGGAGGGCCCCUCGGUGUGGAAGCUGGAGCAGAGGCAGGGGAGCGAAGAGGCCACGGAAAUUGAAAAGGAAGACGUUGAUUUAGAAAAUGUUGGAACGGAUGAGUAUACAGCCAUUUUUGAAGAUGAUUUUGAAGACUAUGAGGACGACUUCGAGGUCUGUGACGGGGCUGACGACUGCGGGGCGGACGAGCCUAGAGAGGGUGAGGCAGCGGAGGAGCUGCCUCCGGCCCGGAGGAGGGAGAUCCAGGAGAUCCAGAAGGCCAUCCUCGCGGAGAACCAGCGGGUCGGCGAGCUGUCCUCGAAGCUGCCCGAGAAGCAUGGCUGCCUGGAGCGUGCUGGGGGGCCGGGCCCGGAGGCAAACAGCUCCCCUUCCAAAACCCCCCUGUGUGGAAUUUUCAUGGAUUUUGCCACAGCCUCACACCGUCAAAAGAAUCGGACUCAGACCCUUAAGCAAAAGACGCGCAGCGCAAAGCUGCUGCGGCUCAUCGACAUGGACUUCUCCUGCACCUUCUCCCUCCUCGACCUCCCGCCCGUGAAGGAGUACGACAUGUACAUCCGGAACUUCGGGAAGAAGAACACCAAGCAGGCCUACAUUCAGUGUAAUGAAGACAGUGUGGACCGGGACAUCCAGACCGAGGAAGUGGAGACUCGGGAAGUGUGGACCCAGCACCCGGGGGAAGGCGCCGCUGUGUCUGGGGGGAGUGAGCAGAGUGGUCCCGGAGAUACUGCCAUCGUCCCGAAAGUCAACACGCCCCGUCUGUCCAGCUUCCUGCGGGCAGCCUGCCAGGUGAUGGCAGUUCUGCUUGAAGAGGACCGGGCAGUGGCUGAGCCGGGCUGGAUGUCCCAGGCUCAGGACUGCACCCUGCCUUUCAGCGACAGCUGCGCGCGGCUGGACACCAGCCUGCCCUUCCUGCAGGAGCGGAGAGUGUCCCGCCUGCACGCGUGUCAGGCUCAGCGGCGCACGCUGGUGUCUGUGCACGGGCUGCCGGGGAAGGCCUUGGUGCCCCUGCUGGACCACAGACACGUGCUCUGUGUGUGGGACAUCCGGCAGCCGUCAGGGCCCCAGAAGGUCCUGGUGUGCGAGUCGAAGGUCACAUGCUGCUGCUUCAGCCCUGUGAAAGCCUUCCUGCUGUUUGCGGGGACCGUGCAUGGCUCGGUGGUCGUGUGGGACCUGAGGGAGGACCCCAGGAUCCAUCUCCGCGUGACGCUGAGCGGGUGCUCCUGGACGCUCAGGGCCCCCACCUUCUCCACUGACGGCGUCCUGAUGUCCGUGAACCACUGCAGCCCCCUCCAGGCAAUAGAGCCCAUCACGGGGUCUGUCUGCAAGAGGCAGAGCUGUGUGCUUUCACCCUUUUCUACUCAAGAAGAGACAGCAGGCCUGUCCUUCCUCAUUGCUUCCUUGGACGAAAGCGGGCUUCUCAAUGUGUGGGUGGUGGUUGAAUUACAGAAGGCAGAUGCUGCAGGUUCAAUAAGUGACUUAGGUUUAAUACCUGGAGGACGGAUAAAACUGGUACACAGCGCUUCGAUCCAGCUGAGUGACAGCCUUUCUCAUAAAGGUUAUGAAUCCUGGGGGUCUGUGCAGACACUGAGCGUUAAAUUUCUGCCUUCAGACCCUAAUCACUUUGUUGUCGGCACAGACGUGGGCCUCAUCAGCCACGGCAGCAGACGGGACCUCAGAGUGUCUCCCAGGCUGUUCCGGCCCCAGCAGCAGGGCCCGAGGCCUGUGAAAGUGACCGUGAUUGACUUCUCACCAUUUGAGGAGCCCAUAUUCCUGGCCGGCUGUUCUGAUGGCAGCAUUCGGCUGCACCGCCUGACUGCAGAGCGCCCGAUCCUGCAGUGGGACCACAGCACCUGCGGCCACGCCGUCGCCAGCCUGCAGUGGUCCCUGACGAGGCCGGCUGUGUUUCUGGUGCAGGACGACACGUCCUGUGUGUACGUGUGGGACCUCCUGGAGAGCGAUCUGGGGCCUGUGGCCCGGCAGCCCAUCUGUCCAGACAGGCUGCUGGCAAUGACCGUUGUGGGGGAAGCAGAGAAAACCCACGGUGGCUUCCUGGCCCUGGUGCUGGCCAGAGCCUCUGGGAGCGUGGACGUCCAGUACCUGCGGCAGGAGUGGGCAACCCCGGCCAGUGACGAACUGCAGAGGCUGCGGCUGCUGCUGCGGGAAGCCCCGUAG